AUGGCAACACUCUACCCUCCCAACGCUCCGUUCCAAACAGCAAUGGCAUACCACACUCCACCAGGAACACCUCCCCGCUCCGUACAAUCAUCUCCUCGCUCAUCCCUCUCCUCACUCUCACACCGUCCUCCCUCACGUUCAUCACUCUACCCUUCACGCUCUUCUCCCACCCUACCCGCCCUUACAGAGGAUCAGAUCGCCGCCUCCUUCCCUGCAGCACGACCCCUCAGUGUACUUAUCGACGACGCACUACGUAUGGAGGCGCUCUCACUCGCAAAGACACCUGACCUGGUGGAUCAUAUGAACUCUGCAGACCCUUUCGGCAGUAUGUGGCAUAACGAAUCCCCUUAUGAUGCCUGCCUACCAGGACAACCGAUGUAUGGACACAAGAGCAGACCGGGGAGCAUGAUCUUCCCCCAAUCGCAGUGGGAGGGCCACCCCCAGCCCCUCCCAAGAUCAAGAAGAGGCAGCGUGCUCGUCCCCUCUCCGCUCUCCCAAACCUCCUACCCAGCCUACCCGUCCUACCCCACCCCUACCCCCUCGCUCAACGCAAAACGCGCUUCCUUCCUCCUCCUCGACCCGAUGGACGAGCCGCUCUCGCAGGAAGACGCCAUCUUCGCUCAUGUCCAGUCUGUCAAGCGGGAACGGAGGGACGCACUCCUCUGGGCUAAGGAGAGGGAGGCACAUGAGCGGGCUGCUAUGCCGCAGGAACGACCAAAAAAAGGCUUGUUUAGCAUGUUUAGCCGCAAGAGUAGGCCGUCAUCUCCCUCCCGAACGAACUCGACACGGGAAAAGAAAUCCCGGGGGGAGAAGGCAGACAGCUCACCGAGCAAAACAGACAAAAAAGCCACAAGGAACUUCUCCAUACUCUCACGCAAAGGGACGAAGCUCAAACGACGGCCGAGCGAGAAACACGGGCUUACCCCGACACCCACUACGAGCUCGGCAGUGACGGUCGGCUCUGCCAGCUCGGGGAGUCCAUUUGUGAGGCCUGACGAGGAGUAUAAGACAACGCCGUUUGACGCUGCUGCGCAUCCUAUGCCAACUCGCUCGCUCUCCCAUUCUCGUUCACAACAUUCUCAUCAGUCUCAUCAGUCUCACCACUCGCACACCCAACCAGAACGGGAAGAAACACGCACACCGGUCCCGGUACCACAACACACUCCUUCCCCAGCUCCAGCGUAUACCCUCCUGGACCCAGCAGGCAUCGUCCUCCCUUCCUCCUCGCCGGACGAGCUCCCUCGCCCUCCAUUCCCCAGCCGCCCGAGUCUGAGGAGCACGCAACAGCGUUCUACCUCAGGCUCCGGGUCGGGCUCAGACUCGCAUGAGAGCGGGGCGAGCGCGGAGAGUUCGGAGGUGAUUACUCCUCAGACACCGGGGACGCCGGUGCCGGGGCUGGUGCAGCCGCUCCUUGACGGGAGGAUGGGGAAGGAGGUCCCUACGACUGCGCCUGUGCCUGUGGAGGAUGGGCCGAAGAUCCCUGUUCCUGAUGCUUGA